CUCAUCUGCCCGACGACGUCCAAAGUCAACAACUCACCAAGGUCCACGUAGGCGGCACCUCGACCGCCACCAAAGCACCUUGUCAACCAUGGGCAAGUCCGACUCGUCCCAGGGCAUCCUGGUGCAGAUGUUCAUCAUCUCACCCGCCAUUUCAUGGAUUCUCAAGCCUGGCCGCUUUUCCAAACGCCGUGGUUUCAUCUAUGCUGUCGCCUUCCUCGUGGCCAUCGCUGCUGUCACCAUCGGCAUGGAUCUAUACGCACAAGAGGAGAACUUCUACCACCUCAUGGACGUCGACCGUGAUGCCUCCUAUGCCGACAUCAAGCGCGCCUUCCGCCAGCGCUCUGUAGAGCUCCACCCGGACAAGAAUCCGUCACCAACAGCCUCGGAGGAGUUUAACCGUCUUCGAUUGGCCUUUGACGUUCUUGGAGACGCCAACAAGCGUCCAUUAUACGAUCUGUUCGGCGAAAGCGCCGUGGAUAAGGACCUUUGGUCUUUACAGAUCGAGACUCUCGUGGGAUCGCUGACAUUCUACGCGAUCUGGGCCGUACUCACGUUCAUUUUGACGCUGAGCGAGCAGGCUCGGGAAGCGCGAGCGUGGUCGUUAGCUGCUGGUGUGUUGUGCUUCGUAUUAGAGCUCAACUUUAUCUACGGCGGUGGACGUCUGCCUCCGUAUUUCUUCCCCACGAUGACAGUGCAUGACUUUAUCGCGAUCAUGCACUCGGCGUUCCCGCCGUUCCUGAACGGAUGUCGUGCCAUUGGCGAAUACUUCCACCACGAUUUGGCCCGCGAGAAUUUUGCACUGAGCGUUGAGUUGUUGAAGAGCAACCAGGCGAUUCUUCUGAACAUGCGUCAACUGCAAGGCGAGGUGGCGUCGUCCUCCCGUCGCCGUCCGGAGGUCGUGAAGAGUGACACGAUCCCCGCUGCCGCCAGGAAGCGCUUGAAAAUGGAGAAACACUCUGCAGUUCCGCAGACUGCUGACUCUGUGACGGACGACAAGGCUGCUGCUGAAGAACUGCGCAAGGUCGCAACGCCGGAGCCAGAAGUGCAAAAGGGUGGCAAUGGCCUCGGUAUUCCUCGAUGGGUGUGGGGUGUUGGUAUCUUCGUUGCGCUUAACUACUUCUUCGAUUAGAGAAACCCACACUAGAAGACAGUUAACACCGCGAACAAAACAUGAAAGUCGUCGAUAUGGAACGAGAUGAUCUUCCUCGGUUAAUGGUCCCGGAGCGUCGGGUGGGUGUUUUCCAGCGUGUUGCAGUAACCAGAUUCAGCCCUGCGUUCUCUUGUGGCAGGGUAUGAUGACCUCCAUAUUGUCCUUCUGCUCCUGUUCAAAAGCUUUCCGACCAGUGCUUCAGCUCUACUGCGCACUAUGCAGUCUCCCCAACCUAGUUGGUGCCAUCUUCCUGAGUCACCAGCGAUUAAUUUGCUGCCAGCACGAAAGUGGAGGCACAGUUCCAUGCAUCUCAACUUAUUCGUCGCCACCUUCAUCUUUUCGCUGGACUCCCUCGCCCGUCAACCACAUCGAAGGCUCGAUACAUUUGCUACACUUAGUACAGUUCCGUCA